AUGUGCUUUUCCUGGGGCCUCGUCACAACUCUACAAAGCCAGCUCCCGAACUUCGGUGGCUUGGUUACCUGCCGGUUCUCUCUGGGGCUCUUCAAAGGCGGGCUCCUCUCAGGCAUGAUCCUCUACCAGUCCGGUGCUUUUACACGGCAUGAGUUGCAACUCCCCGUCUGUUGGUUUUUCUGUACCGUCGCUUUGGCAGGCGCCUUCUCCGAUCUCCUGGCUGCCGCCAUUGCCGGCAUGGACGGCGUGGGCGGCAUGGAAGGAUGUAAAUGGUAA